CUUUAAAUACCUUAGGGAAAUCCCGAAUACGCUGGAUGCCAGUAAAUGGACCUGUUCGUUAUGGAAAGAACACGUUGAUAGCUUUUUGAUUGAAAAUUAGCAUGGCAUGUGCUGCAAGUUCGAGAAAGAAGAGAGGAAGUAAAUCCAAGGGUGGGUCUGCAACUGCUCCAGAUGUUGAAGAUAUCAUUUGCCCCUACCUUGACAAGAAUUCCUGGUUUAAACUUGGAAUAAACAUUGGUUUUGAGUACCACCAGUUGACAAAACUUCAGCAGCGUUAUGACAACGAUGUGUCGAUUUGCUCCAAGCGCAUGCUCCAAAUAUGGCGAGAAACAGCAGUCAAACACACUUUGAAGUUUAUUCCUCUUCUCUACAAGAGUUUGCAAUCUAGUGGACUUGAUAAAAUAGCCGAAACUGUACUGGGCCAUUUCAGUCAGGAUUACCAGUCCUCCAAACAGCCAGAGGUUUGGGAGAGUUUGAUUCAGGACUUAAAUCAAAUUUCAUUUUCGGAUACAGAUGAAGACGAUGUAGAAGACAGUUCCAAGUCUACAACGAUUGUUCUUCAGAACUGCUCAGGGAUAGCUAUCGGUGAUAACUGUGUAGUCACAAUUUCGCAGGCUAAACAGGAGUUGGAGAGAAAUAAAGGAGAUCUACAAAAAAGAAAUACAAUUUUAGCAGGUAUGUUAACAAGCAUUUUAAAUCCUAAUGGCAGCGAGGAACCAAAGGAGAUGUGUCUUCAAAAACUUGAAUCGGCAUUUACUAAACUCUAUGGUACACGAAAAAAUGAAAAGAAAACGUUUUAUGAAAUAUCAGGCAUGAAAAUGAAGAAAUUUUUGCAAAAUAAUUCUGAAAAAUUUGAUGUAAAACCGGACAAAAGAAUUGGGGCAUGUUAUGUUUCAUGUGUACCGUCAUCUGACAGAUGUGAAGGCAUUUUUGACCCAGCAUUGUUGCCUAUAAUCAGAGGCUUCAGAAGUCCAGGUUCCAUAAGUAGUACUUGUUCAUCUGAAAGAACCGAUUAUGAUUCUCUGUCUGUUGAAAGUUAUGAAACUGAUCAAGACUGGACGGUAGUUAAUCACAAACGUCAUCCUCGAACACAAAAAAUGGAGAAAGAAAGGAACAAGGUUAAAACUUUUCAAACAACAUUAGGUACAUCUUCUACAAAAGAGACGUAUGCCUCGGUGACUAGUGGAAAACGGAAUUGUCUGUAUACCUCAGAAUCUUCCUCUUUUGAGAAGCGGAAGUCACUCGAAUGUUCGACCAAAGUAGAAGAUUUUUUGAAGUAUGUUCACAAUUUUAAAAGAGGGAAUUUCAUUUUAUUCACUGCUAGGCAAACAAGAGUAAGAUACCUUGAAGCAUUAGCAAUGGUUCCAUGGAUAAGCGUUUUUGACUUCGAUGAAAGAAGCAGAACAGAUGGUUUGUUAUCAAUGCUGGAAGACAAAAUAAAAGGUCGAAGGUCACUGUACAUAUGCACAUGGAAGGAUCCUCCUCUUCUUUCCCAUCAUGGUACACAGUGGUGCAUGAUUAAAGGAUCGUCACAAGAAGCAGAUAGCAAAACACCGGUCGAAGAAAAGAAAUGGAUUCAAUUCAUUCGCGAAUCCUUUGAAAGACAUUUGGUAGAAAUUGCAAAUUUCUGUGAUGGGUAUACAAGCCUUAAACUUGUAUUUCUAUGGCCUGAGGAUGGAGCGGACGUCCGAUUCAUGCACAGAGCAUUGAUGAAAGUAGAAGAAAUAAUAGAUCCUCAGAUUAUUAUUUGCGACCCAUUGCGAUGCAAAACACCACAAGAAGAAUCAUUUGCGAAUAUUAUGAAACCUAAUUUCAUAAUGAGUAGCAAUGUGCAAGAUUUGUGCAAAUGCAUAACCGAGGUACUUGGGGAACGUUUUUCUGUACGAGAUUUUACUUACAUGCUUCCAACCUCGGAUAACUCGAAUCUUCCGUCAAUUGAUGAACCGUCCGCCGCGGAAUUGAGAGAAGAUUUGGAAGUUUUAUAUUUGAAAAAUCCUUAUCGGAAAGGAAACGAAGGAGACUACACUCCGGAAGAACUUGAAAAGGAGGGAGACAUAUUUUUUCAAGGUGGAAAUAUACCUUGGUUUGUAUUUUAUGAAGCUGGAGCAGGUCAUUUCGACGCAGAGAGAGAUUUGACGAGAAUAAUAGCAACAAAUAUAAAGUCGUCCUUUAUCGAUCCUUUUAAGUCUGGUAAAAUAACCAUUUUCCAUGCGCCAGGAUCGGGAGGAACAACGCUUGGACAAAGAAUUCUAUGGGAGUUGAAAGCUUUCACUCCGUGUGUCCAGGUAAAGAUGAACACAAGAGGUACAGUCCAAUCUCUUCUCCAGAAAAUCGAAACUCUUUUUGAGAAGACGAAUUUACCUAUAAUUCUACUAGUCGAUGGUGAGGACCAACAGCGGAUGAGUCACUUAUACAAACUCGCAGAUCGUUUAAUUAUUAUACUGGUACACGUAAGGAGAAGAGCAAGAGAGGUUGAUAAUUUGAUUCUGAAGGAAAAUGAAUACUUGCUACCGGGUAAUGUAUCUUUUGCUGAAGCCAGUAAGUUGGGAACAAAGUUUUCAAGCCGUUGUGAUACCCCCCAAAAGAAAGAUCAAAUUGAUGAACUUGUAAGAGAUAUUAAAAGUGGGUCAAAAAGUCAUCUUAUGUACGAGUUUGGAAUGACAGCUUAUCAUGAAAAGUUUAAGGGUAUACGGUCAUUUGUGAAAGGGUAUCUCCUGCUUGAAGAGAAUACUUCAAAAGAAUUUAAUCCAUCACAAAAAAUCUUGGGAAUUCUGUCGCUUGUAUAUUAUUAUGGUCAAACAUCGAUUCCGUGCCAAUUUUUUGCCUCAUUACUCGGAUGGCAAGAGAAUUACGAUGUUUCCUUUGAGGAUUUUCCAUAUUUAGUACGUCACUUCAUCGUACCCAGUCAAAAUGAUAGUAGGGAAAAUAGCAUCAGAAUUUCACACUACCUGAUCGCCAAGGAAAUUCUCGAACAGUUAUUAACUUAUGGGAAAAGUGCAAAAGAUCCUUCAAUGUCAUCAGAACUUUCUCAAUGUGCAAAAGCUCAUUUGUAUGACUUUGUGGUGAUGUUUUUAAGUGAAAUUAAGAAAAGAAAGUCCAAAAGUCAUGCUAAUUCCAGCAUCAUUGCAGACAUACUUGCCAAAACUAUUAUUUUCAGAGACAAUUUAGAUGUUGCAGAUAAUGAAUUUAGCACAAGGCGGAAACUCUCUAAACUUUUAAACGAUAUUGACUGUAAACCACCAUACUCGGAAAGAGUAAAUAUUAUUAAGAGAUUAACAGAGAUAUUUCCAGAUGACGCAAAUUUCCAUGCACAUUUAGGAAGAAUCAUAUCGAUCUGUCGCCCGGAGGACGAAGAAGAUGCAGAAAACUGUUUUGAAAACGCGGUCAGCUUAUUGAAAAAAUCCACCAAAGGAAAGAAUGGUUCUGAGUUAGAUGAGGGAACAAAACACACAUUAAGGCAUGUCUAUCACAUGUAUGGAAUGUUCUAUUUGCAGCGAAUCUCUAAAUAUACUGGCAGACUUCAUGGUCAAAAGCGUACGACGAUGAAUGAACGAAUUUUUAAGGAACGAAAGACUCUUCUGCUGCAUUAUGCAAAACAGGCGUGCUAUUUUUUCAAAGAGACACGGGAUCUCACGAUACUCGGAUGCGAAGAAGCCCAUGGAUAUGUUGGAGAAAUAUCAACACGUCUAAAAAUAUGUGAAAUAGUGCACAGGUAUAUGCCAUAUAAAGACAUUUCAGAUUACCUGAAAGCAACUCCCGAUUCCGAAGUGUCGGCUUUUGUGACGGAGAGUAUAACAGCCAUUUUAGAGCUGUUUAUGCAAUGCCUUGGCUCUGUAGAUCUUGAUGACCUUCCAAGUGACUUCUUUCAGAAUAUUCAUUGGUAUAACGCUCUAUUUAAAGACAAGGCCAAAGACUUGCAGAAACUUGAAGUCGUUGAGAAUAUCCAUACAAGACGAGUAAAGGCAGCUCUUAUCAAAUUAAAAUAUGGGAGGGAAGAAAAUCUUGGAACUCUUGAAUCAAUAUCAUCAAAACAAGACAUUUGUGAAAUAGUUCGACUUUGCGAAAUGAAUUUUAAGGAUUUGGAUCGAGGAGGCAUAACAUUGUCAAAGGGUGCAAUAGAUCUAGAACAUAAAGAUUGGUUGAAUGCAAUACGUACGAACGCCUUCUCUAACAUUUAUUCUGUUGAGGAUGUAAUACUGCGCAUGCGCAGAUGGUAUGCUUUAAUGACAAGUCCCAAUUCGACUUUCUACCUCUUUAUAUAUCUCACUGUACUUGGUAUUGGAGGUAUUGAUGGUGUAGCUCCAAAUGCAGAACUUUUAAGAGAAGCUUCUCAAUUGCAAGAAAAAUUGAAAAAACUUAGCAAAUCUUUGUCAAAACCAAGGAAACCCAAGGAGUGGUUUGGAAAAGGUCCAGGGGUGAAAGCUAUUAUUCCUGCACGUAAGGUACACAAGUCAGAAAAUGGACUUGUUCUAGCAGGAGAAUCUUCAACUACUCAUUUAGCGAUUUUCAAAGGCACCAUUUGCAGACCUAAUACUAAAAGACAAACGGGAUACAUCCAGAUGGAUAUAGGGGAUAAUGUCUUUCCAAUCAAAGUUUUCUUUAUUCCCGUAAGAACGGGGGAGCAGUUGGUUGGCAAUCGAUAUGCUGGUGAACGAGUUGAAUUUGUGUUAGCUUUCACAUUUGCAGACGGAUAUGAAGCGUACAAUGUUGCAAGGCUGAAGAAGUACGAAUGUAAUCAAUGCAAGAAAAAAGUAGAGAUAACAAGUGACAGAUGCUUUGUGAAAUGCUCUUGUGGAAAACCGGUCAAUAAAAUGGACUAAAAGUAUUAUAUCUUUUAAGUUGAUGCCAACAUUUUGUUUUUGGUAUCUAUAUAGACCAAUAAUACCCCAAGGAGCAGAUUUCAGAUGUGGCAUAGUUGUUAUUGGCUGCUAUCGAUAUUGAUCUCAGACAGAUCUCACAAACUAGCUCAACAGUCCAUACCAUAUCAAAAGUGAUUCUUAUUUUAACAUUCAAUUAUAUAUCAUUUUUUAGGAAGUUUUCCUAUUAUAUCACAAAUAUAAUAUUUUUAUCCAUAUACCCUGAAAAACUGUUGAAUUACGGCGGAUACGUUAUUAACAGUUCCGCAAAAAUUAAAAUGUCGACCCGGACAACGUCUGCGAUUUGUUCAUUUGAUUUCAGAGGAAUGAAAUAACUUAUUUGAGGAGAAAAAUUCCUUAAAUACAACAAAGGAUAUCAACACAAGUGUCAGCAUACUGAAAACAUUCUGUCAUGAAACAGAACGGGAUUUCGGAAUUAUACUUAACGUACUUGCAUGUGCACAAAUUGUGUGAAAUAACACUCCAGGGCUUUCCUGUCACCUUGGGGUAAAAAUAUUCUGGUAUGCUGCCCUUGAAGCCAUGUAAUAUGUGAAUAUUGUAUCUUUAUUGAUUUAAGUAAACUACAUUGAAAUAUUACAUUGAAAAAUUUAACCUAUUUUUUUUUUACUUGAAAUGGAAACGGGUACAGGUAACAUUUUAUCAAUAUCAUAUUUUCACAAAAAAAAUUUAGAAGAUUUUAUGUUAAGAAUCCGCGAUUAUCUUUUUGAU